GCUAAAAGCUCUAAACCAAAAUCAAAGAGUAGCAGAGUUAGGCAGAGAAGAAUGUCACAGUUCUGGAAACCAGGGGCGGAGAAGCCUCGCCUCCUCGACGACGAAGAAGGCGGCGUCGUUUUCUUCCCCACCUCCUCCGGAGGAGGCUAUGCGAAUCUCGAGAGGCAGAGGCAGAGACUACCGGUGUUCAGGUACCGCACCGCCAUUCUCUACUCCGUCGAGACUCGCGCCACCACCGUCGUCGUCGGCGAAACAGGCAGCGGCAAAACCACUCAGAUUCCUCAGUAUUUGAAAGAAGCAGGUUGGGCUGAUGGUGGCCGUGUAAUUGCUUGUACUCAGCCGAGAAGAUUGGCUGUCCAGUCGGUGGCGGCACGGGUGGCUGAAGAAAUGGGGGUCAAGCUUGGAGAAGAAGUUGGCUACACUAUUCGAUUUGAAGAUGCUACAACACAGGGUGUGACUAUGAUAAAGUUUUUGACUGAUGGUGUGUUACUCAGGGAAAUGAUGGACGAUCCUCUUUUGACUAAAUAUAGUGUUGUAAUGGUAGAUGAAGCUCAUGAAAGGUCUAUCUCCACGGACAUUUUAUUGGGUCUCCUGAAAAAGAUCCAAAAACGCCGGCCUGAGCUGCGCCUGAUUAUCUCAUCUGCUACAAUUCAAGCAAAGUCAAUGGCUGCUUUCUUUCAGUCCAGCAGCAAAAGGCGCCGCAGACCGGAAGGAGAAGAGCUUGGACCAAUUAUGGAGCCUGCAGUCCUGUCAGUUGAGGGUAGAGGGUUUAAUGUACAAAUUCAUUACGUGGAGGAGCCUGUUGCCGACUAUCUUCGGGCUGCAGUCUCAACGGUAUUAUUGAUACAUGACCAGGAACCAAUGGGAGAUAUUCUGGUAUUUCUUACUGGUCAAGAUGAUAUCGAUGCUGCUGUCCAACUUAUUACGGAAGAGACCCCAAACCGUAGAAAGAACUCAUCAGGACUGAUGGUUUUGCCUCUCUAUUCGGGACUUCCACGUGCUGACCAGGAGCUGGUGUUCAGUCCUACUCCUAGAGGGAAAAGGAAAGUAGUUAUAUCAACCAACAUAGCAGAGACAUCAAUAACUUUAGAGGGCGUGGUCUAUGUUGUUGACAGUGGGUUCUCAAAGCAACGGUUCUAUAACCCGAUAUCAGAUAUUGAAAAUCUGGUAGUGGCACCAAUAUCCAAGGCAUCUGCUAGGCAAAGGACCGGUAGAGCUGGAAGAGUUCGGCCUGGGAAAUGUUACAGGCUGUAUACAGAAGAGUAUUUUGUAAAGGAAAUGUCUGCUGAGGGGAUUCCAGAGAUACAAAGAUCAAAUCUUGUUUCCUGUGUGAUCCAGUUAAAAGCCUUGGGAAUAGAUAAUAUAUUGGGCUUUGAUUGGCCAGCAUCUCCAUCUUCUGAAGCAAUGGUUCGAGCACUUGAAGUGCUUUAUUCACUUGGGGUCCUGGAUGACGAUGCUAAACUUACUUCACCAACUGGAUUUCAAGUUGCUGAGUUUCCAUUGGAUCCAAUGAUCUCAAAGAUGAUCUUAUCAUCUGGUGAACUGGGGUGUUCAGAAGAGAUUAUUACUAUUGCUGCUGUUCUCUCUGUUCAAUCUAUCUGGGCUUCUGGUUGGGGAUCACAAAAGGAACUUGAUGAAGCCAAGUUGAAUUUUGCUGCAGCUGAGGGUGACCAUGUGAGUUUCCUAAAUGUCUACAAAGCAUUUCUUCAGUCUGGUAAAUCUUCACAGUGGUGUCAUAAGAACUUUGUAAACUACCAAGCCAUGAAAAAGGUUCUUGAAAUAAGGGAACAACUCAGAAGAACAGCUCGAAGAUUAGGCAUUGACUUGAAAUCUUGUGAAAGAGAUACAGUGGUAGUGAGAAAGGCCAUUACUUAUGGAUUUUUCGCUAAUGCGUGUGUUUCAGAAGCAUCAAGUCACGAUGGAAAGUACAAAACUAUCAGAGGUUCUCAAGAAGUUUAUAUUCACCCCUCAUCUGUGCUAUUCAGAGUCAAUCCCAAGUGGGUGGUUUACCAUUCUCUUGUCUCAACUGAAAAGCAAUACAUGCGGAAUGUCAUUUCGAUAGAUCCUUCUUGGCUCACAGAGGCAGCUCCACAUUUUUACCAAAAGCAGCGACCCAAUCCUAUGCUUCACUAGCUCGCUCUGCCUUCACCAUCCCUCAUAAUAAAUUCAUAUAAGAACAAUGAGGAAACUACCAUCGUCAUUCAGUAUGGCCUUGAUCACUUGGAUUUUUCUUGUAAAUAUACCAACUAUUAUCUUGAAUAAUAUCCAUUAACCAUUAACCACUGACUAAAAUACUGAAUCA